UCAGGAAGCUGUUUGCCACAGGAAAUAGCCCUGUACACACAAGGUGCGAUCAAAACAAACUGGAAAUGUCUGCUAUUUAGAAAACGUACUCGCAAAGUACCAAAUAUACGAAUCGAAGUAUCCUAGUGAUACGCUGUGUUUCCCUCGUCAGGACCGUCACAGACAGCCGAAAUGUCCUGCCGCGACGUGCACGCCACCACCGUCUUCGCCUUCAUCAUCACGGUGGUUUCGGUGGGAGGGCUGCUCGUGGCAACCCUGAUCCCACAGUGGCGAGUCACCAAGCUGGUCACCUUCAACCGGAACGCCCGGAACGUCACGGUCUACGACGGCCUCUGGGCCAAGUGCGUCCGUCAGGAUGGUGACUCCAGCUGCUACUUCUACGACCCGGAAUGGUACGCCCGUGUGGACCAGCUGGACCUGCGCAUCCUCCAGUUCGCCCUCCCGCUCUGCCUCUUCUUCUCCUUCCUCUCGCUGUUCCUCAGCAUGUGCGGCAUGUGCAAGACGGCCUGCUGCGCUGCCGCACCCGAGGUGGACAGCAAGAGCAAGUGCCUGGUGAACAGCGCGGGCUGCCACCUGGUGGCCGGGAUGUUCCUCCUCCUGGGCGGGAGCAUCGCCCUGGCGCCCUCCGUCUGGUUCCUCUUCUACACCAAGGAGAUGAACAGGAAGUACGACAGCAUCUUCUCGGACGACUUCGCCGUGUACGUGGCCAUCGGCUGCUCCGGGGGGUUGUUGCUGGCCGCCUUGCUGCUGUUCAUGUGGUACUGCAUGUGCAAGAGGCUGCCAUCUCCCUUCUGGCUCCCGUUCCCCGCCAUGUCCCAGAGCUACUCCACGCAACCGCUCACCGCCAACGGCUACCCUUCCCCCGUCUACGCCCCGCAGACCUACGUCCCUCAGGUGUACGCGCCCUCGGUCCUCGACGCGCAAGCUUACGGGCAGUCUCAGUACGGACAGUCUCAGUACGGACAGUCGCAGUACGGACAGUCUCAAUAUGGACAGUCUCAGUAUGGACAGUCUCAGUAUGGACAGUCUCAGUAUGCCGCUAGCCAGUCUGGGGGCCAGGGCUACGUGCCUCAGAUGUCGGCCCCUGAGGGGUACGGCUCUGAGGCAGGCACCUCGCAGGCCUACGGCGCGCACAGCUACGCCCCCUCGCAAGCCUACGGGUCCGGCUACAGCGGCCCCCGCUACUCCACGCGCUCCAGGCUGUCCGCCAUUGAGAUCGACAUUCCUGUCGUCACGCAGGAGCUCUGAAGGACAUUAUUUUCGGUCACUUCACCCAUCACUGAAAUUAGUUGUACUUACGAGAAGUAGUAACCAGUCAUCUGAAUAGUGUUGUGUUUUCAAAAUAUUUCCUGUAGCUCCCACUGGUAAAGCGGACAUUACUGGUAAUUUGUCUUGUGGCUUGAAAUCGGCAAAAACAAUAUCAUCCAGUGGCAAGGACGAAGGAUCCCUAUGUUCCUUCUUACCAGGGGGAACUACAGCAAAUAUUUUUAAAAGUACAUUCAGCACUUCAGCAUAUUCACAUUAAAAAUUCUGGAAGGACAGAUACUACUCCGGGUAAGUGGAAAUGUACCUCAAUUCAAUUUAAUUUUUCACCCCGAGGGGCCCGCACGUUCGCAGGUCGACCGUAGCGUGCCAUCGGAGAAUGAAGGGCGCGGGAACAAGAGCACUGUAUCGACUGUAUCUGUCCUAGCACUAUGGAGUCACUGAACAAAUAAGUCAUUGUCGUUUGCAAGCGUUUGUAAGAAUACAGUUACAUUCAGUUGACAUCACUUUAAAAGUGCAUCAUACACUGAGCAGAAAGAAGGAGAUGGGUAGAAUGGAACUCUUGUUUUCAAAGAAACUCAUACCACAUUCCAAAUUGCCCGUAUUCUUUAGUUUAGUUUUUAACAUUUACAUUCACACUCUUUUAUUCAACCCCCAUAGUAUACAAUGCGAUUUCAGCUUUGCAAUGUUUAUGUACUGAUUAACAUUAACUGUUUUUUGUACAGAAAAGCUGCUUGCUUGUGAAAUGGUUAAGAAAUCCUGAAAACUGAUUUUUCAAGAUUUCUCAUUUGUGCCUUGGUAUUCAUUUAGUCCUGUGGUGCCAUCUGAGAGUUGUGAAUCAAUUCACCUCUGUUGUGCCUUUUGAUAAGUAAUUAUGUUGUGUUCAUAUAAUGCUUUUAUGGUCGACUGCCUUUCACUUUGUCAGUAACACUAGAAUAGGCUAUAUUUGGCAUUCUAAAAGGUGAAUGUGUGAAAUGUAUGUUUUAACACUAGAGUCUGUAAAGAGCCAUGUGUUUUCUCUUUUAGUCUUAAUCUAAAACUUAAAAAAAUGGCACGCAGCUACUGAUUGUCUUAAUGUAGAAUUAUUCACAUGUGAGAUGUGGACCUUUUCAAAACUACGUGUGGAUACACUGAAGCUCGUCAUAGAUGGGUCAUCAAUGUCAUCUUGACUGUUGUGGAAGUCCUCUGCAGUCUUAUUUUUUCCACCUCUGGAAAAGCACCUUUGAUAUGCAGCUCUGCUACUGACACGCUAGAAAUUUAAGCUACAUAAUCUGCAUAUCAGUCUUAUUUCCAUUUAUGAAGUAUUUAUAGAUUAACAUGGUCCAAGCACUUUUGUCUUAGCUGUGUAGCAUCCCAAUGCAUGUUCUGUUAUAUUUUGGGUAGAAUUUGCAGAGCGCCAAUAUGAUUUUACCGGUCUUAAAUCUAUCAAAUGUAUUCUUUAUUUUCAUUCAUUCCAGUAUUGCUUUGCAUUUAAAAAUGCGGAACUUUUUUCAGAACGUCAGCUUUCCUAGUGAUUUCUGAGUUCAUAAGCAGAGAACAGCAAUUGGGAUGUUUUGCACAGUAGUGACUCUUGAGACAGUUAUUUCUAUUAUGAGUCAUCACUAACCCAAAAGAUGCACAGUAGUCAUUUUGCACUGCACUAGAUCAGUAAUAAAAUAAAUUAACACUUGUGAAAAUUUGAUACUUUUAGUCAUAGACACUACACCUUGCAAAAAACUCUACACUUUGUGGAUAACCUUUGUAUUUGUUAUGUACAUUUGACUGUGCAUGGUAUCUGAAUAUGUACAUGAGUAGGCAGAGGUUUAUUACAAUGUCCAUACAGAAAAUAUCUGUAGAAUUGUCUUUUCCAAUAAAUGAGUUGUUUCGCUCAA